GAGCAUUUGAGCUGUAGAGUCAGAGUCAGAAGCAGCAGCAGCAGCAGCAGAGGUGGCUCCAUCUGGCGAUCAGAGACAAACACUUGCGCACUGCUACUUACCCCAUUUCGUUCUUGAGGUGGAGAAAAUCAAAUCACCGAUUCAAAAGUUAACGUCUGUCUGUCUGUCUUUCACAUAAAGCUUUCAUCUUUCUUCCAUUGCUUGCUUGGGUUUUGCUCCAAGACUCGCCUUUUUGCUUGUAUUCGCUUCUUCCUUUCUUCCUUGGUUUGGAGGCCAAGAGAUCAUCGCCGUCUAGUUGGGUUAUACUGAUAGACAUACAGACAUAUAGUCGAGUUAAGGAUUCAUCGAUUGUUGGAUCUUUGGAUACGUCAUGGUUAGUGGUAAUCUCUUCCAUUCUCGCAAGAAUUCGUGGCCUCCUCAGGAGUAUAUCCCCAGGAAUACUUUACAAUUGUUUGAUUUUGAUAGUGCUGCUCCACCAGAACAAGCCUGGAGGAGGAAGUUAAACAGCCAUGCUAAUAUUCUUAAAGAAUUUAGCAUUACAUUUAGGGAAGCAAUUAAGAUGAUUACGUUAGGUGUACGUUUGUGGUCAUACGUCAGGGAAGAAGCUUCCCAUGGAAGGAAAGCACCUAUAGAUCCUUUCACACGAGGUAUUUGCAAGCCAUCUGCAUCACAAGGGGUUCCACUCGGAGGGAUGGGGAGUGGCAGCAUUUCAAGAGGUUUUAGAGGCGAGUUCAGGCAAUGGCAAAUCAUUCCGGGUGUAUGUGAUGGUUCUCCUGUCAUGACCAAUCAGUUCUCUAUCUUUAUAUCUAGAGAUGGAGGGAGUAAACGUUAUGCAUCAGUCUUGGCCCCAGGCCAACAUGACGGAAUAGGAAAAGCUGGUGAUCAGGGUAUAUCCUCAUGGGGAUGGAAUCUGGAUGGUCAGCAUUCCACAUACCAUGCUCUAUUUCCAAGGGCAUGGACAGUAUAUGAUGGCGAACCUGAUCCAGAAUUGAAAAUUUCUUGUCGGCAAAUAUCACCAUUUAUUCCUCAUAAUUAUAGAGAUAGUAGUCUUCCUACAGCAGUUUUUGUCUACACGUUGGUGAACACUGGAAAAGAAAGAGCAAAAGUCAGCCUUCUAUUUACAUGGGCGAAUUCAAUUGGAGGAGUCUCACAUUUGUCAGGAGACCACGUCAAUGAACCAUUUAUAGGCGAAGAUGGAGUCUCCGGCGUACUUCUUCAUCACAAGCAAGUCAUAAAACCUUAUUGCACUUAUAUGACGUCUGUACGAACUAUGUCCAUUUCCAGGACUGCAAAUGGGAGUCCACCUGUUACUUUUGCAAUAGCUGCAUGUGAAACACAAAAUGUAAGCGUCAGCGUUUUGCCGUGUUUUGGUUUAUCUGAAGGAAGUAGUGUGACGGCGAAAGAAAUGUGGGACAAUUUGGUGCAGGAUGGACAAUUUGAUCGUGAGAAUUUCAAUUCGGGACCAUGCAUGUCUUCCUCACCUGGAGAGACGCUCUGUGCUGCAGUUUCAGCUACUGCUUGGGUGGAACCCCAUGGGAAGUGCACUGUUGCCUUUGGUCUAUCCUGGUCAUCCCCAAAAGUGAAGUUCUUGAAAGGAAGCUCAUAUCCAAGGAGGUACACAAAGUUUUAUGGGACCUCUGAAAGGGCAGCACAAGACUUGGUGCAUGAUGCGCUAACAAAUUAUAAGCGAUGGGAAGAAGAGAUUGAAAACUGGCAAAACCCUGUCCUCAAGGAUGAAAAAUUACCAGAAUGGUACAAGUUCACGUUGUUCAAUGAGCUCUACUUUUUGGUCGCUGGUGGAACAGUGUGGAUUGAUUCUCCCUCACUUGAAACAAACAAAAAAAAGAGUCAAAGUCAAUUAACAAAUGAUGAGUUUUUACAUAAAAAGACCACUGAACAUAAAGUGAAUGGCAAACAAGGCGGAGUGGUUGAGAAUACUGCAACGUUGGACCCACAAAAACACUAUGAAGAUGUCGGGAGGUUUCUUUAUCUGGAAGGAGUUGAAUACAUCAUGUGGAACACAUAUGAUGUGCACUUCUAUGCAUCAUUUGCCCUUCUUGACCUGUUUCCCAAAAUUGAACUCAAUAUACAAAGGGACUUUGCAAAAGCAGUCUUAUCUGAAGAUGGAAGAAAAGUAAAGUUCCUUGCUGAGGGGAAUUGGGGAAUUCGUAAGGUUAGAGGAGCUGUCCCCCAUGAUUUGGGAACACAUGAUCCUUGGAAUGAGAUGAAUGCUUACAAUAUUCAUGAUACUAGUAAGUGGAAGGAUCUAAACCCAAAGUUUGUACUUCAGGUGUAUAGAGAUUUUGCUGCAACAGGGGAUAUGUCGUUUGGAGUUGAUGUAUGGCCUGCUGUCCGUGCUGCAAUGGAAUACAUGGAACAGUUUGAUAGGGACAAUGAUGGUCUGAUUGAGAAUGAUGGUUUCCCUGACCAGACAUAUGACGCUUGGACAGUUCAUGGAGUAAGUGCUUACUGUGGUUGUUUGUGGCUUGCUGCACUUCAAGCUGCUGCAGCAAUGGCCAUUCAACUCGGUGACAAGACCUUUGCUGAAUGGUGUAAAACCAAAUUUUUGAAGGCCAAACCAGCUUUUGAAGAAAAAUUGUGGAAUGGCUCUUAUUUUAACUAUGAUAGUGGAUCAAGUAGUAACAGUAAAUCUAUACAAGCAGAUCAGCUAGCCGGACAGUGGUAUACUGCAUCCUCAGGCUUACCUUCACUUUUUGAUGAAGUUAAAAUUCAAAGUUCUUUGCAGAAAAUCUAUGAUUAUAAUGUCAUGAAAGUUCAAGGAGGUAGGAUGGGUGCUGUAAACGGAAUGCACCCUAAUGGAAGGGUGGAUGAGUCCUGUAUGCAGUCUCGUGAAAUAUGGACUGGUGUCACUUAUGGAGUGGCUGCUACAAUGAUCCUUGCUGGAAAAGAGAAAGAGGCUUUCACCACUGCGGAAGGAAUUUUUAUUGCCGGCUGGUCUGAAGAGGGCUAUGGAUAUGGAUUCCAGACUCCAGAGGGGUGGACGAUGGAUGGGCACUUCCGAUCUCUGAUAUACAUGAGGCCAUUGUCUAUAUGGAGCAUGCAGUGGGCAUUAUCAAUGCCAAAGGCAAUUCUUGAGGCUCCGAAGGCCAAUAUAAUGGACAGAAUCCAUAUUUCUUCAAUUAGUUCACAAUCUUCCCACAGCGAAACAGGUGUGAGAAAGAUUGCAACCAAGGCAAAGUGCUUCAAUAAUUCUGUGUUCAAUUGUACAUGCUGAUUGUGAUCAUGUCACACGACUGUACUGUAAAGUGUAGUGAAAUUGCUCCUUGGUUACUUGAACCCUCUUGCGGUGCAGUAAUGAUGCUGGGAGAGGCUUGGAGUGGUUUUCUAGGAUGAGCCGACAUAGGUAAUAAAGGAUAGACUUUGCAAGUGUUUGAUUUACGUAGUGUGAAUCAGUCCUGCUUUGUCACUGAAAUGGUCUUGUACAGAAUAGUGGAACAUCAUGUAGAAAAUGAUUAUUCCCUAGGAUCUGGAAAUUGAACUUGUUGAUAGCUAGCCACAACCGAAUAUAUUCUCAACUAGUGAA